UGUGAAAGUGUGUGUUUUCAUGCUCUGGGCUCUUAUGCCAGAGUUCUAACCCGGUGCAGCAUACGGGGAGAGACCAGUGAAGGAUCAGACUCGGACACUUUCUGCAGCAGCAGGGCCUUGAUGGACAGGGCGGUGAUUGUGCUGCUGACUGUAUGCUGCCUGAUGCAGGGGCCUCUAGUGACCACAGGGAGGCAGCCCGGCACCAAGCAACACUUCUUCUAUGCUGUGGAGAUGGAUGGAGGCACCAGAGCUGCACGAGCCCUGGCCGAGCAGCACGGACUACAGUUCAUAUCACGGAUAGGCAACCUGGAGGGCCACUUCACCCUGAGAGACAGCAGGGGGCGCCCUGACAGAGCUACCCUGGUGAACACCCUGGCAGAAAGAACAGGGGUGAGGUGGGUCCAGAGACAACAGACUCACUACAGAGACAAGAGAGCUGUUAUCAGAGGACUGGACCCACACCACAGUUUGCAGGAGCAGCAGAGUGAGUUACCCAGCUGUCGACAGGACUCUUUGAAGACUGGAGACCAGCCGAGUCCUUCCCUGACCUUCAACGACCCUCUCUGGCCCAUGCAGUGGGAACUGUUCAACCAUGGCCAAUACAGCUCCAGUCACUUUGACUUGAACGUGAUGCCAGUGUGGAGCAGGAACAUCACAGGGAAUGGAGUGGUGGUCAGCAUCAUCGACGACGGUGUGGAUCAUACAAACACGGAUCUGAAGAGAAACUUUGAGGCCUUGGCCAGUUUUGACCUGCGUGGCUCCCACGGCCUUUCCCAUGACCCCAUGCCAAUCAGAGACGAGGAGAACGGUCAUGGCACCCGGUGUGCAGGGGAAGUGGCCAUGGAGGCCAACAACUCUUACUGUGGCGUGGGCAUCGCUUUCAACGCCAGGAUCGGUGGUAUCCGUCUGCUGGACGGCACGGUGACGGACUCCAUGGAGGCCACGUCUCUGACCUUCAACAACGACUUCAUCGAUGUGUACGUGUGCUGCUGGGGCCCGCGGGACGACGGACAGGAGAUGGCCGGGCCGGGGACACUCACACAGAAAGCACUGAGUAUACACACACCCAUACUGUACAUGCAUGCACACAUGCACGUCCACACACACAAACUCAUGCACGCGUGCGCGCUCGCUUUUCUCUAUUCCAUGUAA